UCGCAAACAAGUUGUAAGAGCAAUUCAUUUGAUUUUUUAAGCUACUUUUUGGGAACAAAAUGAGAGAUCUCAAGGCGAAAGUUCUUCAGAACGACCCUGCAUAGCUUUGAGAGUUAUCUGGGUGACGUUCGAAGAGAAUCGAAGAUGUGGCACGAGGCGAGAAAGCAAGAGAAGAAGUUGAGAGGGAUGAUGGUUGACUAUCGUAAGAGAGCGGAACGGAGAAGGGCGUUCUACGAAAGGAUGAGACUAGAUCCUACUCAAUUCCUUAGAAUUUAUGGACAGAAAUGUAAAAUUCACAUCGAUCCACAGCUUUCAGCUGCAGGAGAUGGAAAAUCUGUAAUGAUGCCCUGGCAGGGAGAUUCAAACAAUAUGAUUGACAGGUUUGAUGUCAGAGCCCAUCUGGAUAUUAUUCCAGAGAAAUCUCCAUCAAGUACAAUAGGAGCUUUGAUGGAAACUGAUCCUGAGGAACACAGAUUAAAUUAUGAGAGAUACAGAACAUUGGUAAUGAUAGACUACAGUGGAGGAACUGAGGAAUCUUACCUGCGGCAGUUAGAAAUAGAAGAAAUGUAUGGAGUAAAGAAAGAUGAUGACAAGAAAAGCAAGGAAAAAAGUCAAGCAAAGGCCACCAUAGGUUUCACAUAUGACAACAGCAAAAGUGUCGGUGAUUCAGACAAGGAUGAUGAUGAUGAUGACAGCAGCGACAGUGAUAGUGACAGCAUUCUUAGUGACAUAGAUGUCACAGUGGAUGUUGACGAAAUUGAUAAAAACCAGCAAGAAACGUUGAACACUCAAGGACUCCAUUAUGGUAUGGCUCCAGCACAGUUUUGCAGAAAGUUGAAAGAAGAUAAAGAAGAGAUCGAAGAACAAAGGAGACUUCGUCAAGAAGAGGAAGAACGGUCUCUUGUUACUGGUCGGCGUGCAAGACGAGAGAGACGCUCACUGCGAGAAAAACAGAGGAGGAAAUUACAUGACACCGAACAGUCACCACCAAGCUAUGCUAGAAAAGCAAGCCCUACUUAUGAACCCUACAGAAGGUCCUCGUCCCGCUCAACAUCCCGUUCACAAUCCCCAGAAAAUGCCGGCAAAGUGGAAUUUAUCACUGAAUUCAGCCAUCCAUCUGUUGACCAGCCUACCAAGACACCGGGCGGUGACUCUCAUACCCAUUCCUCCUCCUCCCGUCCUUCAGAACGCAAGAAGUCGAAGGAGCGUGACAGGUCACAGUCACACAAGAAACACAGAAGUAGAACGCGUUCACGGUCACGCGAUCGCGAGCGACGUCGUUAUCAUGGCAGAUCGCGUGAAAGAUCCCGCGAGAAAAGUAGGUCACGCGAGAGAAGUCGAUCACGCGAGAGAAGUCGAUCACGUGAGAGAAGUCGAUCACGUGAAAGAAGUAGAUCACUUGAAAGAAGUAGAUCACGUGACAGAGACCGUCUCGAUGCUCGUGGACGAGACAGGCACAGACACCGGAGUCAUAGCAGAAGCCGAAGUCACGACCGUGACCGUGACCGUGACCGACGAGAGCGUGACAUUGACCGUGAUGGCGACAAAAAGGAGCGAAAGGGGAUGCCUACCAAGGGACUGGGGCUGCUGAAAAACAAAACAACACCCUCGUCAGGGGGUAGAGAUAAGAUGUCUACCCAAGAAAAGAUGAAGAAGAGAAUGCAGAUGAUGCUCAAUAAACAACUGAAGACGGACAGAAAGGAAGACAGAAGAAAACGAGAAAUGAAAGAACAAGAAAGACGGGAACGAGAGGACGAUCUUCGGGAGAUGCAGCGAAAAUGGCGUGAAAGGGACAGGGAAAGAGACAGAUAUGACAGAAGUCGUUCGUCUUCUCCGAGAGGGAGACGUAGAAGUGUGUCACGAUCCCCACCGCGACGACGGCACGGAAGCAGGUCCCGAUCAACAUCGCCUCAGAAAAUUCCAAUUGUAGAUAUUGAUGCGCAUUCUAAGGGAGAGGAAGUUGUUGAGUAUGUGUAUCCCGUCAAAAAUGACAAGUAACUUCGCCAGUAAAGAGAGCCUCGUUUCCGUGAAGGUAGACCUUGGAAACGAGGCUGUACGAAAACAGAACAGAACUGAGAUUCCACCUUAAUCUAAACGAAGAGAGCAGAAGAUAGCGAGAUGAAAGCAUUUAUGUUUAGUUUUUAAAGAAUUUUGAUGACUGGCUGUGUAAAAUUAUGUGUACUAAGAAAAUUAAAAAACAGAAGUAGCCGUCAA